AUGGUUACUCUUACCGAGGUUGAGGACGAACACUUCCAGCACGCUUCGGCUGCUGACUUGGAGGAGGACGACUUUACGGAUACCGAAUCCGAAAUCUCCAACGAGUCCGACUUCGACCCCUCAGAAGAAACCCUCGCCGAGCGGCUAUACGCCCUCCGCGACAUCAUCCCCCCCACCGCGCGCGGCUGGGUGUCGAGCCGCGUCAACGCCGUCACCAGCGCUGCCUGGAGCGUCCUGUCCUUUGGCGGCAAGGGCGCCUGGGUCAUCACCACCUCGGCGCUCUUCCUCGGCGUGCCGUUUGCGCUGUCGUUUGCCGAGGACCAGCAGCUGACCGCCAUGGAGCAGGAGUAUAACAUGCGCCAGACGGGCGGCGAGCUGUUGACGGCGGGGGCGGAGCAGAGCACGGCGGACCAGGUUGGUGCUGCCCUGGGCCCGGAGACCAAGGCUGCCUUGUGA